GGCCCUUCAUAAAGCAUUGCAGAAUAAAACAAAAUCACAAAAUUUAAUCGAACUGCUUGAGGAUUUUGUUGAAGAUAAUGAAUUCGAAUCAGAUGAUUCGCAAGAAAUUGAUAAUCUGGAUGAUGAAAAAGAAAAUAGUGAUCCUAUGAUUCUCAACCCAAAAAUUCACCGUGGUAGAGGUCGUCCCAAAGGUACCAAACGUUUAAAAUCAGCACAUGAAGUAUCAAAACCUACGGCAAAUCAACGUCGGUGCAAGAAGUGUGGUGGUUUGGGCCAUUACCAGAAGAAUUGCAAA